AUGCACGGCCUCUCCGAGCAUGAAAAAACGUCCCAACAAGCAACUACUGGCCAACAAACGUCGCCGCAUUCUCAGUCAUCGGUUCAGAUCAACGUCAACGUCAACGCCAACGUCAACAUCAAUAGGAACAUCAACACGAACAGUAACAGCAACAACCCUAACAAGUAA